UCAUUUGGAAUUUUUUACCCAUCUGUGUUUCACUUUUGGUAAUAAGGAAGUGCAACCUGCUUACUGAGCUCAGACAAAGUUAAACACACGUUUGCUGUAAUCAUUCAAAUUACAGGAAAUCAGCUGAGGUGUUACAUUACAUCACCUGUCUACGCCUAUGUGCUCAGAGGAAUUAAAAGGUAUGCACACAGGUCUUUGUGUACGAGUUUUCAGUUGUCAAAUAUGGAAAAAAUAUCCAGAGAAAACCUGGCCAUUUCAUCACAUGCUGGCCAUAUCAAGUACAAAAUCGUGACAGGGAAGUAUGGACUAUGACCACAUUCACACAUACCUAUACAAAUUUCCGACCUGACUUUAUCGGAUAGUUGAGGUGGAGCUUGUCACAGGUUUUAGGGAAUGAAAGGACAGUGGCAUUUACAGCUCCCUUCCCUGAAUGAGCACCUCUCUUUUCUCAGAGUGUACUGCACAGAAAGACACUUCCAAGUUUCAAGUGACAACACAAUGCUUCAGCCAGACAUUCAGUACACCAAAGAGCGAUGGUUAUUAACCAUUGCUGGAGUCUUCUUGUACGUCGGGGACAUUUGGACAGACAUUGGACUGGCUGUGAAAUAUUUUCAAGAGGAACAAUACGUCUGGACUGGUCUGACGCUAAUGUUUGUCCUGACUGGGCUGUUGGUUACUCAGAUUUUCAGCUAUGCCUGGUAUCGGGAUGAUUUGAAUGACAUUUUCAUAAACUCUGAAGGAACAAAAGAAAUAUCAGGCAUGUCGAAACCUGGGUUUGCUGUCCUGCAUGCAUUUGGCUUGGGCAUCUUUACCAGGUAUUACCACCUGCUGAAAAAGGGCUUCAAAAUGAUUUGGACAAAAUCAAAUUGGGAUACGGUGGAUAAGAUCCAGGAAGUUCACAAGAAGCUGUUUUGCAUGGCUACUGAUCUGAGCAUGCUCAAGCUCUUUGAGACUUUCCUGGAGAGUGCUCCCCAGCUCCUUUUACAGCUUUACAUAUUACUAGGCCACAGUGAGGUCUCAGUCAUGCAGUGUAUAUCUGUGGCCUUCUCCUUCUUUAACAUUGCCUGGGCACUGGUGGACUAUCGCCGCUGCCUGCGGAGAUCUCUCCCCCAUAUCAGAGAGAUGCCCUCUGGCCUCCCCACAGCAAUCUACCUCCUCUACAAAAUCUGUACCAUCACCAGCCUCGUUCUCAGCUACAGUCUCCUACUCAUACUGAGCGUCUACACCACAGUAGCCCUCACCGUCCUCUGGCUGCUGGGAACAACAUGGGCACACUUGCUUGAAACCAAAUUCUGCUCAACCAGAAGCCUGGAGAUUCUCUACAGGGCAGUUAUAGGAGUCAUCCUGACAUUCACCUUUUUCAACGUGAAUGGACAGGACACAAAAGUAGCCAUGACCACCUACUACAUUUUCUACACUGUUAUAAAUAUUAUGGCCCCAUUAUUGCUGGCUUUGUUAAAGCCAGAGCUGCAGACAAGCACUUUGCUGCUGACAGUCAGUGGUUUAAUCUGUGGAUGCUCAGUGCUGGGACUGGUGUGUCUUACUUUGUACUACAGCUUCCUGCACCCCAGAGGAGUGUGGCGGGAGGCGGAUGAGGUGGAUGGCCUGGGAAAGGAAACAAAGUCAACAAGAAGAAUAAGGAACUUUUUGCAACCUUGAUAAAGAUUUUUGUCAAGUUAUUUGUAAGAGAAAAAAGGAAAAUUAAUACGUGCACAGGUUGAACUGGCCUAAUAAUUUCACAUGUAGAUAGAAUAAAGGGCUUGCACAGAGCUUCUGGAGCUUUUGAAGGUAUCAUUUGCACUAUUGGUGGUUAGUUAAACAAUAAUAUAUGUAGCUGAAUGUGUAUUUUAUUUAUUCUCGACCUAUUUAUUCUUAUAAUGUGUAAAAAUGCAGCUAAUUCUCAAAUUUGAAUGAAAGCAGAAUUGUCUCCUGAUAAUGCUUCAAAAU